AAUUUCUUGUCUUUGUUCUCCCACAUUUGCUGUAAUUAUAAAAGCAAUACUUUGGACUACCAUCGUGCUGAUGGUUUGUUGUUUGUUCUGAGUCUCAUUAAUCAAAUUAGUCACAACCGUUAAUUGCGUUGUUGUUACUAUCUAAACCAAAUUGUUUAUAGUGAUUAUAAUAAUGGCAUAACAAAGAUGUCGUCUCACUCUAGGUUGACGUAUCAAGAAGGAGAUGUCUACGAAGGCUCAUGGAACAAGGAAGGAAAGAAGCAUGGUAUUGGAAAUUUAAAGUUUGCUGAUGGGUCAAUAUAUGAGGGUAAAUUUGAGGAUGGUUUUUUUAGUGGAGUUGGAACUUUAAUUUAUGCAGAUGGAUCAAAAUAUGAAGGUGAAUUUGCUGAUGGGAAAUACAAUGGUUUUGGCACUUAUGUAAGGUCAGAUGGCAUGUGUUAUGAGGGUCGGUUUAAGGAUGGUAAGGUUAAUGGUCAUGGUCUUAUCACACAUAAUAGUGUAAGUAAUGGUCAAACCAGAUGUGAAGGACUUUUUGAAGGUAAUAAACUAGUAAAACGGGAAGCAUGUCCUGAAAGUAUAGCAAAGGCUAAAAAAAGUUCAACUGAAGCAAGAAAGGUAAAAUUAAACACCAGCAAGGGAAAAAGCCUGAGUCAUUGAUUACAUUAUUAUAUGUAACGUCAUUGUAAAAUUUUAUUUUUCAGCAUUUCUAAUUUGAUUUAUUUAACUUUUGGAAAAAUUGCUGACAGUUGUUUGCUUUAUAUCGGCAAUUUAUGCUCUGUUUUCCCAUAUAAACAGUUAAAUUUACCGAAAAAAUAAGAGGAAAACUUUUGUAAGUUUGAGUUACAUCCAGCUUUAAAAAUUUUCCAAAAUGAAUAAAGAAUGUCAGCAUUUGCUUAGGCAAUUGAAUUAGAAUGGCUGUUUUUCACAACCUGUUUUUUGUGUACAUCUACAAGACUAUCAAGUACAUCUUUUCACAAGCAAAAUAUUAUGGAUGUUGAUAUUUCUCGAAAAUUAGGCCUAUGAGUGAUAAGCAUAUUUUGAGGCUUGAUUAAAUAAAUGAAUGUUUUCAUAGAACGUAAAUCCAUUCUAAGCAACAACGUUGUACAGAACACGUGAGGUGCAGCGCAUCUAUAUGUAAAUAUUAUACGUAGUUUGUUUAUUUUAGACUAAUAUAUCUUGAGUUAUUUUUAAAAUUAAUCUAUUAAUUAAUUAAUUUUUUAU